AUGUCUGCUGUGUCAGUCAGCUCUCGUCUCAACAAAGGCCUUCGCCAGCAUUACCUGGCCCUGCCUCAGGGUGACCUGUGUCAGGUGACCUACGUCUGGAUCGAUGGCACAGGGGAAGGACUGCGGAGCAAGACUCAGACCUUGGAGAGAGAGCCACAGGGCAUUGAGGAUAUUCCAGAGUGGAAUUUCGACGGAUCCAGCACAGGGCAGGCAAGGGGUUCCAACAGCGACAUGUACCUGGUCCCUGUACGGAUGUUCCGGGACCCCUUCACUCUGGACCCCAACAAGCUGGUCCUUUGUGAGGUGCUGAAGGACAACCGCCUGCCCGCAGAACACAACCUGCGAUCAGCUUGCAGUAAGGCAAUGGAAGAGGUGCAAGACUUGCACAUUUGGUUUGGGAUGGAGCAGGAGUACACCCUGCUUGCAUUGGAUGAACACCCCUACAGCUGGCCACAGGGGGGGUUCCCCAAACCCCAAGGCCCGUACUACUGCGCAGUGGGAGCGGACAGAGCAUUUGGCAGGGACAUCGUGGAAUGUCACUAUAAGGCCUGUCUGUAUGCUGGAGUGAAAAUCAGUGGCGCUAAUGCAGAGGUUAUGCCCUCUCAGUGGGAGUUCCAGGUGGGUCCGUGUGAGGGAAUAGAAAUAGGGGACCAGCUGUGGAUGGCCCGCUACCUGCUGCACCGGAUUUGUGAGGACUUUGGGGUGAUUGCCACCUUGGACCCCAAGCCCAUGACAGGGGACUGGAAUGGAGCUGGCUGCCACACCAAUGUCAGUACAGAAGCCAUGAGGGCUGAGGGGGGACUAAGACACAUAGAGGAGGCCAUUGAAAAGCUGGGGAGGCGUCACCGCUACCACAUCCGCCGCUACGACCCCCACGGAGGCCAGGACAACAAGCGCAGGCUGACGGGCCUGCACGAGACUUCCAGCAUCCACGAAUUCACUGUGGGCCUGGCCAACCGUGGGGCCAGCAUCCGCAUCCCACGGCAGGUGGGGCAGGAUGGGAGGGGCUACUUCGAGGACCGUCGCCCUGCCGCCAACUGCGACCCCUACGCUGUGACAGAAGCUAUCGUCCGCACGUGCAUCCUGGGAGAGACUGGAGAAGAGGAGCUCAGCGAAUGACACUGAUGCUGAGGGGAAGGGGGGAGGGAGCAGAACAG